AAAACAUCACACGUGGUGCGGCUCGUUGACACGCAAUUACGUAGUAAUUCUGCGACAGGAAACGAUUCAGUGAAGGACACGAUAUGGACGGAACUGCUGAAAAACACGUGAAAAGUGAAUUCCUGAUCUUUGAUUUGUGUUUUAGUGUGCUGAAGACAUGAAUGCACUGCGCUCCUGAUAGCAGCCAUCAUGACGACAGAGGCUGUGUCCUCAGGGACUCGCGCUCAGAUCCCAGCUCCAGUCCAGAAAGACUACUACUACUGGUUACGCUCUUUCACAGCUGGAGGUGUUGCUGGAUGCUGUGCCAAGUCCACCAUAGCGCCUCUUGAUAGAGUGAAGAUUUUACUACAAGCUCAAAAUCCUCAUUACAGACACCUUGGAGUGUUUGCCACACUUAAGGCAGUGCCAAAAAAAGAGGGUUUCCUUGGACUAUACAAGGGAAAUGGAGCCAUGAUGAUCAGAAUUUUCCCAUAUGGAGCCAUUCAGUUUAUGGCUUUUGAUAUCUACAAAAAGUUCCUUAACACACAACUUGGAAUGUCUGUGCAUAUUCAUCGGCUCAUGGCAGGAUCUAUGGCAGGGAUGACUGCAGUUAUUUGCACCUAUCCACUCGAUGUUAUCCGAGUUCGCUUGGCGUUUCAAGUGACAGGAGAGCAUCGCUACACUGGCAUAAUAAACGCCUUUCAGACUAUUUACCUUACGGAAGGAGGAAUGUCUGGAUUCUACCGUGGUCUGACCCCUACAAUCAUUGGCAUGGCUCCAUAUGCAGGCUUUUCUUUUUUUACAUUCGGUACACUGAAGACUCUGGGACUCACUCACUUCCCAGAGCUCCUAGGCAAGCCAUCUCUUGACAACCCUGAUGUUCUCGUGCUGAAGACUCACAUCAAUCUGAUGUGUGGUGGAGUUGCUGGAGCAAUUGCUCAAACUAUAUCAUAUCCACUAGAUGUUGCCCGGAGGAGAAUGCAGUUAGGUGCGUCACUCCCUGAUUUUGACAAAUGUUGCAGCCUCACAAAAACUCUCAAGCAUGUGUACACCCAGUACGGUGUCAAGAAAGGACUGUAUCGUGGCCUGUCCCUCAACUACGUCCGCUGUAUACCGUCACAAGCCGUUGCCUUCACUACUUACGAGUUCAUGAAGCAAAUUCUUCACCUAAACUAGAACAAUCAGUGACUGAGCCUUAAAGGAACGAGUUGAAACGACCCCGGCGCCAUCCCAGCAGUCCUGUCUGCCAUUCCAGAGACCAGUCAUCUGAAAUCCAGUUCUUACUAAACACCCACACAAACGGCAAACCUGUGGCUUUGCACAGCCCAGCAACAAUCACUAUGGAUACAGAGACAAAAGCAACCGACACUGGAAAUCCCAUGGAAACCUGUGUCUGAAACUUGCUUGUAAGAAGCCAUCCCAUGUCAGAUUGAACAAUAUGCCUUAAUCUUUCACUCAUAUCAAAACACAAAAUCGCAGUUGAUUUUACCUAUGUGGACAGUUUCUGUAGGUAUAUCACAGUGCUUUUGACAUGAUUUUUAAGUUGGUUUUUCUUUGCUAAAUUUCAUUCAUAUGUAGCUUUAUAUUUCAGCAAAUCUGAGUCACCUCCAGUCUUAUUGACUGAUAUUUGUCUCUUUUAGUGAUGAAGAUGACUUUCCUCUGCAGUUCAAUUAUACUGUGAAUGGAAGAGAGUGCACAUAAUGUCUAUGCAGUAUUCAGUCAUGUUCGCAUGCCGACGUAACUGUGGCUCAAGUUUAAUAUCUGAUUGAUGCCUUACAGUGCAGGUUAAUUUACAAUCUCCCUUUUGGAAGAAAGCAAUCAAAUGAGAAUUUGUGUGGUGAUGAAUAUAUCACAGCUGAUAUGUAUAUAAUUCUUAAAUUAUCAUUCACUGAUUUGUGAUGGGAACUACACGAGUCCCUUAAAUAGAAUAGAAUAAAAUAACACAAUACACUUUCACCAGGCCAGAUUAAAAUUAAUUAUUAUAUAUAUUUUUAUAUAAUAUAUAUAUAUAUAUAUUGGCAGUAUAUAUAUUUGAUUUAUUGCCUUGUUUUGUGUUGUAUUGAAUGGAAAUGUGCUUCCUCAAACGGUUGCCUCAUUUUCCUUCCUGUUGUAAUUACUUGCUUCUUUGUUGUUGCCAUGUGGUGGCAGUGUUGCAGUGAUCGAGUCCUUAAACCUCUUUAAAUUGGACUUUUCAUGUACAUGUUGAUCUUUUAGCUGCAUGUGUUUCCGAAGAUGAAGGGGAACAUUUAUGUGCGUACAUUCAACAGCGACUGAUACAGUUUUGUUACUGAGCGAAUACACGAGUUGUGAAGGUCAUGAUACAUUGAUCACAUUUAUUUGCACUAAAUGCCAUCAAGCUGAAUCACUAGAAUGGGAGGAUUGUCUUAAACUUAUCUUUGCUGAUUCUUGAGAACUGUGGAGAAAGUUCGUCUUGCUGCUUUGGAUCAAUUGCCUUUAUUUAUUUGUGUCCUAUUGGUAUGAUGAAUGGAUAUUAAGUCAGAUUGAAAUGGUUAAUAGGCACUGAACAAAUAUGAGAAUGUGAUUUUUAAUUUGUAUGUAUGCUUAGAUGAUCAUUAAAGAAAUGUAAAUGUUAAACGAAUAUCUUUGGGAAUACAAAUAAAGGCUUUUUUGUCUUGUG